AUGAAUAGUAUUCUAAAUAAUAAAUCAAUAAAUUCGGAAAUAACGCUAAAAGCUCCUACACCAAUUGAAAGUGAAACUGAUACUGAAAUAAAUAAUUUAUCAACAAAUAAUUCAAUAAUAGCCCCUAAAAUCCAAUCACUUAAUGCUGAUGAUGGUCAACAAUGUUCAAAUUGUGGAACUACAAAAACUCCGUUAUGGAGAAGAGCUCCAGAUGGUACUUUAAUUUGUAAUGCUUGUGGAUUAUAUUUAAGAUCAAAUAAUACUCAUCGUCCAGUCAAUUUAAAAAGACCUCCAAAUACUAUAACUGUUGCCAAAGUUGAAGAGGGUUCAUGUAAAGGAGAUGGUAGAUGUAAUGGUACUGGUGGUUCAGCAGCUUGUAAAGGUUGUCCAGCUUUUAAUAAUAGAAUAGUUGCGAAAAAAUCAUUAGAAAAAUCACCAAAAACUAAUGAAGAUAUAUAUUCAACAGAAAUAACGAAUCAGACUAUACAACAAAAUCAACAACAAUCAGAACAAAAUUUAAAACGAGGGUCUAUAAAUCAAGAUAAAAAUAAAAAUGAAAAUGGUGAAAAUUCUUUAGCUAUAGCAUGUUUCAAUUGUGAUACAACUAUAACACCAUUAUGGAGAAGAGAUGAUGCAGGAAAUACAAUAUGUAAUGCAUGUGGAUUAUUUUAUAGAUUACAUGGAUCUCAUAGACCAAUUAAAAUGAAGAGAGCUACAAUUAAAAGAAGAAAAAGAAAUACAUCAUUAAAUCAUGAAAAUAAAGAUGGAUUGGAUGAUUCUAAAGCAAUUACAAAUAACAGACAUCAACAAACAAAUCAACAACAACCUCAAUACUCCACAAUACAACAACCAUUUGCUAACCCAGCUUCUUCAUCAAUUUCCCCAAAUUUCCCUCCACUCCCUUCAAAUUAUAACAGAUUACCACCUUUGCAUUACCCAUUACCGUUCCAAAGAGGACCAACAAAUAUUGAUUCAACAACUCAACAACAGCAACAACAACAACAGCAACAACAAUCCUCGAUUCCGUCAUCUUUAUAUCCCAGAUACAAUGGAAGUGGAAGAUUACCAAAUGGACCAGGUCCUUUACCGGGUCCACCACCACCGUUACAACCUGGAAACUCAUUUAACAAUCAACAGCAACAACCUCAUCGACCACAUCAACAACCCACACCACCACCAAUAAAUAUACCUGAUAUUAAAAUUGAUCCAAAUACUUUACCACCUAUAAGAACUGAUGCAAAUGGUAAUGCAAUCGGAAGUGGAUGCUGUAAGAAUUGUGUAUCAGUUAAAAAACUAUCAACACCAAUGGCAAUUGAUUUUACUGCAAGUUAUAAAAUUAAUUCUAAAACAAAUUCAAGAAGUUCAUCAGUUCCUUUACCUUCAAGAGCCAAGAGAAGAGAAGACGAAGAAGAAGAUGAUAGUGAAAGCGCCUUGGCUAGAUUAAGACCAAACUUGGCAAAAGAAGGUAAUGCUGGUAAUGGAAGUUAUGAUCAAAAGAAAGCUUUUACUAUUGUGGGGUUGUUAAAUAAAUAG